ACACAUUCAUGACAUGGCGUCAUGUCUAUCUUCUCUGUGUUUUUGUGGGUUGUGGGUGGCUGUAAUGUUGGGGUUGGGGGUCUGCUCCGAUGAUACGGAGUCCCUGUCUGGGGCGUAUGCACCUGGAGACAUUAUCAUUGGGAUUCUGGGAUCAGUUCACUCCAAAGUAAAAGACCUUCAGGAUCGGGUUCGCCCAGACAAAUAUACCUGCACAGACUUCGAUCUCAUACCAUUUGUACAGUCUCUAGCUGUAAUUUACACCAUUGAAGAAAUCAAUGACUCUGGAUUUCUUCCUGGGAUUCGGCUUGGAUAUCUGAUGUGUGAUCCCUGUGUGUACGCUACCAAAGCCUUACAGUGCGUGGAGCACAUGCUCUCUAUUAACAAGACACUUGCAGUCUACGCUGACAACUCAAACUUUUCUUCGCCAGUGAAGGCAUUCUUAGGAGAGAGAUAUUCUGAGCUGUCCAUUCCUGUGGCCAAACUGCUCAGCCUCUACAUGAUUCCCCAGAUCAGCUGCACAUCUUCUUCACCAGCACUGAGUGACAAGUUACGUUAUGCAUCCUUUUUCCGUGUCAUUCCAAGCGAUGUAUACCAGACAAAGGCACUUGCAAAGCUCAUGGCAUACUUUAACUGGGACUGGGUUGGAGUGGUGUCAAUAGAUGAUGACUAUGGAAAACCUGCCCUGGAGAAUUUUCUGCUUGAAAGAAAAGAACACAUAUGUGUAGAUUUUCAGGAACUGUUACCAAACUACCUAGGCUUCAUAAAUAUUGAACAGCGCAUCAUGGAAGUAGCUAAUCGUAUUAGAUCAUCCACUGCCAAAGUUGUGCUGCUCAUCUUGAGACCGGAACUCGUUGAAAUGCUUUUUCAGGAGCUGAUUAAGACAAAUACUACUCGAAUCUGGAUCGCCAGUGAUGCCUGGUCUAUGGCACGCCUUGUAAUGAAGAUGAAGGACAUAAACAAGGUGGGAGAAAUCUUUGGCUUUACAUUUAUCACUUCGAACAUUCCAGGUUUUGAAGACUACCUCCAGAAUCUGACGAUAAGCCCAGGGGCAAAGAAUGAUUUCAUCGAGGAGUACAAGCAAAUUAGGUUCAACUGCAGCUCUGAUCAGCAAUCAGAGCACACAUCACCUGUAGCCUGUAAUAUAACAGGCCCCCAAGAGGCAAACGAUGACUACCUGCUCCAUUCUGUGCAUUUGACGAAGGCCUACAGUCAGAGAGUGGCAGUGUAUGCCAUAGCUCACGCCAUCAAGAAAGUUCUUCAGUGUAACAACACUGCCUGCUCUGGAAAUACCAACUUCAUGUCGUGGCAGCUUGUGGACGUUCUCCGUAAAGUGAACUUCACUUUGGAUGAUGAGACAUAUUCCUUCAAUCAAGUCGGUGACUUUGAGAAUGGUUACGAUCUCAUAAUGUGGAAAGAGAGUGGUGCUGAAAGAAUACCUGAUGUGGUGGGAAGAUUUCUCAUAAAGAAUGACAAGGUUGAGAUUGAUGAGCAUAAAAUUCCAUGGACCAACAACACGGUGCCCAGGUCCAGGUGUUCAGAGCCAUGUCCCCCAGGCACAGAGAAGAACAUAUCAAGUAUCUCCUGUUGUUAUACCUGUACUAACUGUACUGAAGGAUACUAUUCUAAUGCCACAGAUCAGCCUGCCUGUCAAAAAUGUCCAGAAGGCUCUUGGUCUCUUCCAGGAUCGAGGGAGUGUCAGAGAUGGAAUAUUUGGUUUUUGGAGUGGUCUUCAGCUUAUUCCAUUGUAGUGGUGAUUGGAACAGUAAUAGGUGCACUACUGCUGGUGUUCUCAUUUAUCUUUUUCAUUCUACACAGAGAAAAACACAUCAUAAAGGACAUCUUAGUCAUUUCUUGUUUGAUGAAAUUUGGCCUGAUGGUGAGUUUUGGAGGUGUAAUACUUUUCUUAGGCAGCCCAAACAUCCAUCUUUGUAGAGCACAACAGACCAUGUAUGGUCUUGGGUUCACUCUCUGUGUGUCCUGCAUUCUGGUUAAGGCCCUUCACAUAUUCUUAGAGUUAAUGUCCUCUAAUCCUGCAAAGCAGCGCAAACUAAGAAAGUUUGAUAAGCCCUUUGUCAUCAUAGGAAUCCUCACUGCUAUUCAAGCUCUCAUCUGUAUCUUCUGGAUGAUAUUUGAUCCUGUUAAUGUUGAGGAGACACAAUCAAAAACUCAGUUACUUACCAUGAACCGUCUGUGCACUCAGGGCUCUAUGUAUGGCUUUGGUGUGAUGCAUGUCUACAUUGCUUUACUAGCUGUGCUAAGUUUUGGACUGGCCUUCAAGGGGAGAGAUAACGAGACUGAUCCUAUAGUCUUCAGUAUGCUCAUCCAUCUGUUUGCCUGGCUUUGCUUUAUUCCAAUCUUUAUCACUCAAUAUGAUUCACGCCCCAUCGUCCAGAUCUCUGGCAUUAUGGUCUCAAACUAUGGAGUCAUCUGCUGCCACUUUGCCCCAAAAUGGUUUAAGAUUCUCUCAGAAAAGGCUGAAACAAAGAAGGCAGUAAAACCACCAGUUGAGUCUCUUACGAAUGACUCAGACUCUGGAGUGGUUUGUGGGACCUCAAGCGAGACAGCAUCAAUACCCAGCACACCACAGAGUCAAUUCAGCAUUGCAGAGUCAGAACAAUCCAACUGGGAUAUUAACAGCCUGCAUCUGUCAGAAGCCAGUAUUGCCUCAUUUAGGCGUCGGAGACUAAAAAGUUGGAGAUCAAGAAGUCUGAGACCAAGAAGUCUGAGACCAAGAAGCUGGACACUACAGAGUUUAUAAGCCUGUUCAGGUUGAAUUAUUUUAUCAGUGGGACAUCUGUAAUGAAAUUUGUAAUAAGAUUCUUAUACAUCUUACCAGUGAUCAUUUUUCCACAGAGCAAACAAGUUUCUAGUGGGUUGUAUUUUCUACAACCCAGAUGUCAAAGUAGAAAACUAAAAAUUGUUGAUAUUGUCUGUAUGUAAUCAGAAAUUUAUACCUGUUGCUGCCAUAAUCACCCCUUUAUUUUCUUUCUCUUUGUGCUAAUGUUCCUCCAGUGUGGAGAGGAUAGUGAGACCUAGACUAAGACCUAAGACCAAGUAAAUGGUCUAGAGAAACCUUCAUAUAGACACAUACAUCACUUUUCAAUUUGAAAAUGUGUUUAAUUUGAAUACACACGCUAGGAGACUGUGGUGAGUAGCAGUGGUCAAAAACAUUUUUUCCAAUGUGUGGUGACAUCUCCUUGGAAGAUCAUAGAGAUUCAGACAGAUGAGCUCGAACAAAAUUCAAAUUCUCUGGCCACCUCUAAGUUCUUUCAAAAACAGUAGGUAAUUUGGUCUGUGAUUUUCUUAGGGAAAGAGGUACAAAAACACCAACAUGUCUGGUUAAGAAAAUGGAUGUUAUAAGAACAUUGUAUUCUGUAUUGCUCAGUGGGUUCUGCAUACAUAGUUAUGUAUUUUUAUUUUUUCCAAGUACUGGAAACAUGUUUGGCCAAAUAGUCUCAUCACAAAAAAGCCAGAACUUUUCAAAGUACUGCACAGAGCGCUAACAUAUAGACUCGGACAGACAGAUGGUCAAAUUCAUUGGCAGAGCCACUCAAAAUCCCUAUUUCAUCUAGAAGACUGGACAUUUCCCAAACAGUGAAACCUCCCUGAGUCUGUGCUUAGUGAGAUGAGCUGUGGCUGAGACGUUUUACUGUGAUACACAAACUAAUGCACUUGAUCACAGUUUAUUACUACUACUUCACUUUGUGGAUUUAUGAAAACUUACUUUGAAUGUUUCUUGCUGCUGCUGCCCUAAACUAAGGCCGCCUUCACAUGUGUCAUAUGUAGUGCAGACCUAUCAUACUUUUUUUAUUCAGUUCUUUUUGAUGUUUAAACAUUCCUGUAUUCGGCAGUAAUCAUGGAUCUUGGUCCGCUUCUUAGUGAAACCUGCUUCAGGUCGCUGCUGGUGGGGAAACACAUUAUAUGACAGUCCACACCAAUUGUGAACUCAACACUGAGGCUGCUUUUCUCAGUGCACGUCAGUGCUGUACUGUCUGCAAAAUCUGACUGCAUUAACGCUGUUUUUUACAGAUGCUUAUAUAGUCCUUGCAGCACGAGCUGCUGUUAAUAGUGGCAGAUGAGCAGAAAAAUAAUAGCAAAGAUGUGUGUUUGAUUUUGGCACAUGGAUCGCUAAAGGUAUUUUUAGUAUUUGUGACCUGAUUAGUGACCUAAUUGUGUCAAAGUAGAUAUCAACUAAGGUUUAUUAAGAUUAUUCUAAAUAAUAUACACAUGGACACUAAGAAUCUCUAGUUUCCGUUGUGCUAUUAUCAUAGCGGCAAAUGUGAGAGCAACAGAGCAGAUGUAUCCCUGCAACAUUUCUACUGAAAAACAAACACUCACAAUUUGGUCCACUUAAGCUGCUGCAGUGUGAAAGAGGUACAGUAUCAAAAAAGCCCAAGUUCUGGUGCGAACUUUAGAUAAUAAACCGUAUGAAAACAGCCAGAGCUGCUCUGCUGGCAAUGCUAUGCUGCUUCCAGACUGGGCAUAGGUAGGCAACAAAAAGUCUCCUUUGUAGGAUUACUAUGAAUAACAACUCUCUCAGUGCAGUAAACCUGUUUGGUGCUUUCUUUUAGAGAAAGAGCAACAGUUUCUUAUCGCUAUCAUUUAUCGAGAAUUGUUCUCAAUUAGAUAAAACUUGCUGCUCUGUGCAUAUGGAAAGUCACAGUCUCCAUGAUACAGCAGUCAAAUCUUGUGUUUUUAGUGUUAUUUUUUACAUAUUUUUGUGUAUAUAUUGUUUC